CGUUUGUCGUUUCCAUCGCCCCAAGCUAACCAUGGAUCGGUUAACUUUACCUUUAGCUUAUCAGACGGGCAUGAUGUUGAAGGUCCUCAGGGUGCUUUUGAAUGUAUUCAGCAAACAAAUCCACAUAAUUUGGAGAGUCUGGGAACCUUGCCAUAUAAAAUGCGUAUCCACGCUAAUGAAGAUGUCUAUGAAAAAACAAGGCAUAGAAUGGCUGUUUGUGCAGAGAAUAAUCAAAACAAGUGCACCAGAGUACUGUUAAAAGCAAAUGGACCAGACAUCGGACGAAAAGUAAAGGUGAAAUCAGCCGGGAAGACAGCAGCGGCGCCUUCUAACGCCAGGCAUACCAACAACCACCGUGAUACGAGCAUUCCAAAUUCAACUAGUAGACCUACCAUUAAAAAUUCCAUUGCUAACUCUCAAUCUUCCUCAGCGUUAUCUUCCCAACCCUCAGCAGCAUCUUCGUCGUUUCUCUCCUCGAACUCGUCAUCUAACAACUCCAUGAUGCCAUCUUUGUCCUCGUCCUCGGCAACCGCAGCGGCUCUGACUGCAAGAUUUCUCAAGUCGACGAGUACUCCAUCCGCCCGUUCUCAGCCGGACAAAAAAGUCUCUGAUCUCCUGAAGAGGCCUUUGAGGGAGAGACUCAUCCAUAUUCUUGCUCUGAGGCCGUACAAGAAGCCUGAGCUUUAUGAACGUCUUAAUAAAGAGGGUCUCAAGGAUCGUGAAAAAAAGGAGAUGGUGAAUUUAUUGCGCAUUCUAUCGACAGUGCGUAAUAAUUCCUAUCAUUUGCACAGACAUGUCUGGAACGACGUACAAGAAGACUGGCCAUUUUACAGUGAGCAGGAUCGCGCUAUGUUGAAGAGACGUAAGCCACAAAAUUUAACUCCACCUGGCUCUAGUGAUGGUGGAUCGAGUGGUAAUUUCAUUAUUUUUUAA